AUGGCGCUCGACUACGUCCCCAUGGACAUGCUCCCAAUCAUCAAGACGCACCUGAUCAUCAACGCCGUUGUCACCUUUCUAGCGGUUCUCGUUGUUGGACUGAGGGUAGCCUCUCGCCUCUCCUCUGGGGCUGGACUGUGGUGGGAUGACUACUUGAUCCUCUGCUCCCUGCCUCCGGGCAUUGGGAUGCUCACGAUCCAGGGCUUGUGGGCUCCCAUGGGCGCAGGCUACGACUUCGGCCCCGACUUUCCCCUCAUCAACUUCCUGAACAUCCUCAAGUUGCUUGUGUCGUACGAGCUCAUAUUCUCCAUCACCAUCAGCUUCGUGAAGCUGAGCGUCUUGAUGUUCUACCUCCGCGUCUUUGUCAACAAGGGCCUGCGGACUGCUGUUAAAGUUGUCAUGGCUCUCGUCAUUUCGUGGAGUCUGGGCAACAUCCUGCAGAUCUUCCUGCUCUGCCGUCCCUUUGCUGCAUCGUACGACCCCUUUACCAAGGGUGAAUGCGGCAGUCAGCUGGCCUCCUUCAUCGCCGUUGGCGCCUUCAACAUCGCCACCGACCUGAUUGUUCUAUCGCUGCCAAUACCCACCGUCUGGUCUCUCAAGACGAAAAUCAGGGCGAAGCUCGCCUUGACGGCUGUCUUCCUCAUCGGUCUCAUUGUCACUGUCAUCUCGAUUAUCCGCAUCUUCACCCUCACACAACUCAAGCUGGAAACAAACCUGACGGGCACGAUGAUCUGGCCCGACUUUCUGUCCCCGCUCGAAACGAACCUCGGCAUUCUCUGCGUGAGCCUGCCCAUGCUCGGCGCCCUGCGGGCGAGGUGCAUGUCGCAGCGGGGGGCCUCGAAGCUGGAGCCCGACUCGGAGGCCAGCGACCGCUUCACCGAAGGCAACAGCAGAAACAAGUCCAGCCAGGCCAAGAACCGCAGCAAGCAGCGCGCUGCCGACGAGUCGUACUCGCUCGAGGACAUAUACGCCCCCGACACCGAGAUCCACUACCAGUCCACUGUAGCGGCUCUUCCCAAGGUCGACCGCAAGACGGCCGGCAGGGACAGCGAUUCCGAGACCGCCUUGGCUCCCGUGCCAGCCGCCUUGACCGAGGAGGACACGGACCCCAAGGGCAUCAAGGUGCACACCAAGUGGUCCAUCUCUCGCGAGUGA